GCACUACAUUGUCAUUGUGUUAACUGUGUUGUAAGAAAUGGCUGUAAACAUUGUAUUUGGCAUUCGAUUAUCACCAAAUUCUUUUCAGCGAGUGACAGUAGGCAACAUUAGUUUAGACAGUAAAGUUGAGCAAUUAAAAUUGGAAGCUUCAAAGGCAACAAAUUUGCCAAGGCAUUUUAUAGAAUUAAUUUACUGUGGAAACAUUUUGGAUGAUGACUCAACACUAAGGUCUUGUGGACUGAAGUCUGGUGUAAUGGUUCAUGUACUGAAGAGGAGAGAGAAGGACAUUUCUUUGCCUGUUCACUCAGUGACAGAAGUUGGUGUUCAAGAAUUAGUGAUGGCAUUUCGCACAUUUACGCGGCACCCUAGUUACCGGAGUGCUCUGCAUCGUCUCAGCCGGCCAGAAGUUUUAGAAAAUAUUAUGAUGGCUACACCUGGACUUAGUGAAGAUCCAGUUGCAAUCUCAAUUAUUCAAGAUCCAGAAUUGCUUGUUCAUAUGGAAAAUGCAGACACUGUAAGAAGGAUUGCCGAACUCCACCCAUCCCUAGCUGAAGCAGCUAAUCAUAUAGCAGCUGUUGUUCAUGAAGAAGCUGCAACAGGAAGUGCAACCAAUCAAGGAUCAUCUUCAGGGUAUUCAUAUUCACUAGAUGCCCUUAGUGAUGAAGAAGAGAUGGAUUCCUCCCAGUCCUCUGACUCUCAGCCCCGUGGAGGUGACAGUCUGUCACGACAGCAGUCAUACUCAACCAUCACUGCAGCUCAGCUUGCUGCUGCUUUAGCUUCUGCUACUGGCUUGUUUCCUGCUUCACCUCGUGCCACUGGCUGUAGUACAUCUUUAGCAGCUGGUCCGUCAUCAGGAGGGAGUCUAAUCACACCAGAGAUGUUUAGCCAGGCAAUGCAGCAAGCGAUUGCCAAUGUGGGUCCAAAUACAGGAGGAUCACAUGCAUCAGGGGAUGUCGCAGUGACAGGAACAGAAGCAUCAACUGGUAGAACAGAUACAAAUCCUGAUAUUCAAGCACAGGCAAGCAGGUUAUCACAUCAGUUACAACAGAUGCAUGAGCUGGGUCUCACAGAUGACACUCUCAACAUUCAAGCUCUUCAGGCGACAGGUGGUGAUGUUCAUGCUGCCAUUGACAUAGUUUUCAGUGGUGCACUUCCGCCAGAUUCACAAUAAGUUAUCCUGUUGGGAACACUGCUUGUACGAUUAAAAUUGAACAUGAAAAUUGUAAUGAAGAUUCAUAUAUUCCUGUCUUAGCGUGUGAAGAUGGAAUUAUAAUAUUGUAACGUGGGGCGGUUUUACUACCCUGAUUGUCAACCCUGAUUUAUUCAUGUAAAAUUAAAUCAGUUACAGAGGUCUGCA